UGGGAAAUCAACCAACAUGGGUACGUGAAACCAUACAGGGCUUGCCUUGCACUGCUCUCAUGACGGGAGAUGAACGAAAAUUAAAAGAAAUCCCCCAUACUCAAGGUACACUUUUAUCCAGGAUAUAGCACGACUUCACGGCGGCUUUGCGGACCGCGCAGUGCUCAGACGGGACUCCUUUUCCUGGUCGCUCGGUCGGUCGGUCGGUCGGACCCCCGGGCUGCUACGAUGUGUGUCCGCUGCUCCACGAAGCUCCCCCGUGGAAGUGAAUCUUUCACCGGAUGAUGGACAGGAACUACCCGACCUCCAGCUUUGCGGACGCGCUGGCUCCACCAGCACAGACCGUCGCUUAUUGGGCCUAUGACCGCAGCACCGCUAGUGUCAAGCCAAGUUCCAGUUAUGGGGCAGCACACCUUGAUGCAGAGCUCCUUCAGCGGCAAAGCUACACUUCAAGCCACCAGCUUCCCACCUACACUACUACACAUCUUGCUGCUCCAGCAGGAGCACUUGACUCAAGCAUUAAUACUUCUGAGACCUCAAUCAUGAGCUUCCUGUCAGCCAUGGAAUCCAGAAGCCUUCAGGCUGGUCCUGUUAGUGCCUCACUGCUUCCUCCUUUUAGGCCCCCAUCAUGGCCCGCUGGUACCAACUCCUCCGCCACAGAGCUGUAUUUGACUGGUGCACUGCCUUCUACUGCCACUUUCUCCUCUCCUGCUGCUCUGUCCUCCUAUCAGCACACUGGUGCCUACCCUUCCAGGAGUUAUGCUACCAACCCAUCCAUGGCUCUCCAGGAUCCUGCCUUCAGCACUUCCACCAAUGGCCUGUUUUCUCACCAUGACCCCCUCCUUCAUCUCAAACCAGGCCAGGGUGUGCUUCCCACUGCACUUGCCUUCAAUCAUCUCUCUUCCUCUGCUUUAGCCUCGGCUCUCCCUGUCCAGUCCUCCACCUACCGAUCAGCCCAGGAGUCAGCUCCCCACCUCCUGCAACCCCAGUUCAGCCUGCUACCCUCGGCCCUGCCUGCCCCUCAUGGUGCAUCACAGCCCUAUGGAGCAGCCGUUUUCUCAGGCUCUAUUGAGAGAGCUCUUCAGCGUGAAUGUAGUGUGAUCAAACACCACCAGAGGCCUUCUAGUAGCCACACAGCCUCAGAGCAACUGCCCAAUUCAGAGCACUCCUUACAGGGGUACUUUGGUUCUGGCAGUGAAGCGGAUGUGGCCUACCAGCAGGACCCAUCCCGUCAGACCCCGGUGUCCUGUAGCACCAGCGCAGGAGCAGAUUCCUCUCAAGGGGUCCAUCGUGCUCCACAAACCAAAACAGACUCAGUAACUCAAGCUAAAGACUGCUCUUCCGAACUAGCUCCCCACACUGCUGGUGGUGAAGAGAGUCACGAGCAGAACCUGACGGGAGCGUCUCCUGACCGGUACUCCUCCCCAGGACAGAAGCAGAACUCAGUCAUUGCUAACCAGCAGUCAGUCCAGCUCUCCAGUCUCAUGUCCAGCAGUUUAGCUCAAACCUAUAUCACCUCCCAGACCCAGUCACAUCCCCCCCAUUCAACCUCAGACAAACACUCCCCACUUUACGAGACUCUCCCUUCCCUCUCCAGCCAGUCUGACAAUGUGGCUUCUGUUAGUCAGACUCUUGUUUACUCCUCAAGUCCCGGGCUUAGCCAGGAGCAGGAGAUCCAGUAUGGAGCCCAGGUUCAGGGCUUGUGUCAGAAUCUCUCUGAGAACUACCCCACAUCACACUCUCAGGGGCAAGCUUUAGUGACUCAGAGCUACGCCACAGGACAAUCCCUUAACCUUAACUCAUCGUACCCAACCACAUGUGUGCAGAGUCUGCCCACAUCAAAUUCUUCACAGGACUACACCCUCAUGCAAGCCUCAGUGGGAGGUAAAACGCAUGGCACGCUAUCCCAGCAGCACACACAGCCCCAUAAAUAUGUUUUGUCUGCACCAUUGCCUGCCUACUCUUUAACUUCUCAAGCCUUACAAAACAACAUCAGAUCCUCAAUACAGGACAUAAAGCCAACUUAUGGCAAACAGAAACCUGGAGAGCUUCCAAUCCAGGACAUAGAUGCUCUCCAGCAGGCAUCAAUGGAGGCCUCUGCUGCAGCUAGCAAUAUGUCUGCUCACAACAAUGUCAUCUAUGUAGUUUCAAAAAUGGACGAUCAUCACAAAACACAAAGCGUAAUCCGAAGCAACUCGCGUUCUGAUGAUCAGAUCAUGGUACUGGGUCACACAAACGCAUCACAGGUUAAAGAUGAAAGGAUGGGUUCUCUGAGCCAACAGCACAUUCAUCUAAGCAGUGCCAAUGGUCAGGACACUACCAACACAAAAACGACAAACUCCAGUAUCAUAUCUUCACAUUUACACCUUAGCUCGGAACAGCUAAAGCAGCACACCUCUUUUCAACUGAAGUCUCCUGAGCAAAACCACCAGAAUCAUUCUCAGUCCCAGAGCCCAAUAGCCCACCCCCAAUAUAUCACCGUCCCCAGCACUCAGGUUUUUCUCGAGCCCAACCAGAUGAUUCUGCUCCAGCAGCCCCUUGUCCAUCAUAGUCAAAACUCUUCAAAGGUGCUAUCAGUGCAAGGUAUCCAACAAGCUCAAGAUCUAGGCCCUGUUCAUGUCCAGUAUCUGCAGAUGGGCAGAGAACUAAUGGGUCAAGGCAUCACUGAAACCCAGAGGCAGCAGGGCACAGUAGAGUCCGAACAAGGAUGCUCUGAUUCCUCUAAACAUCACUACAGCCAUUCAAACCAGCAGCCACAUGAUGCCAAAAACCACUUCGCUCUGAACUCCAUUUGCUUCCCAGACUCAAUGCUUCUUGCAGAUGACAGAACUAUUUUGUCAAAUGUCGAUGAUAUCCUCGCCGCUACGGUGGCAGCCUGUGGCGUCGCACCCCAAGACUUUGUCAAAGCGACAUCCUCUGCUGAGGCGGAAUUGGCAGUGAUGGCAAGACCCAUUGAUUCUAAAGGUCACUACCAGACCGUAGAUAUAAGGCACAUGUCACCUAGUUUCUCCUCAGCACAACAGUCAAUCAUGACCAACACUAGCUCCCACAACAUGACUAUGACACUAAAUGGAGUUCGGAUGACCACAGACUGCCACGGUCAGCCUGUGCACCACAACAACAGUUCUGAACUUGACACAAAUGGAGAUGGGGGAGGCUCUGAGAAUGACUUUCACUUAGCUGGGCAGGUGUAUGACCCCCAAAGUUUCCAGAGUAGAGUCAAAGGGAAUGCAAAAAAAACAGAGGACAGCCUCAUGGAAAGCUCAGGGGGUGAAGAGUUUCCCAAAAAGAAGGCUCGCUCUAAGUCCCUCACCAAACCAGGUGGUUCUGAGGAGGACGGUGGACAGGCCAGACCAGCGAAGCGUGGCGGGCAGACAAAGCGUCAGAACUCCAGGGGUAGUGACGCCAGCUCACCAUCUGCUUCACAAGGUGUGUUUGAUGGUUGUCCGCAGCAGGAGAGAAUCAGACAGAAGAUCCGUGAAGUGGAAGAGAAACAGCCCGAGGUCAAAACUGGAUUCAUAGGCUCUUUCCUGGACUUCAUCAAAUCAGGCCCCAAACAGCAAUACUCUCCAAAUCCUACGCGGACUACCAGUCGCCCGAGAAAGCCCUGCACCUCCUCCUCCUCUUCCUCCUCCUCCACCUCCAACAAACCACCGCUGUGUGCUUUACCUUCUUUGCCUCCCAAACUACAGACUCUGCCCGUGAUAACUCAGGAGAGCCCAGGUGUGAGCUCCCAUCAGAAACGUCUGGAGGAAGAUCUGCAGAAGAACCUGGAGACUCUGCCAUCCUUCAGCUCGGAUGAGGAGGAGAACACUGGGAAGAACCAGGCCCUGAGGAACAGCAUCAGCUCAGCACUCUCCGCUCUGGAUGAGUCUUCAGAUCGGAAAUCCAGGCCAGAUGACCACAUGCCUGGUCCGAUGAUGAAGCCAGACCAAGUUGCCACCAUGCCCCUCACCGUCCCGCUGACCUGUUUGUCGCGGGUUACCAUUCCUAUACAGACAGCAACUGCUUUGUCGUUAGGGAAUGUGUUUGUGGCCAAAGAGGAGAUUAAACAGACCCCACUGGGACAGCUAGCUGUGGAGCUGAUGAGUGUGGCCAUCGAGGGGCUGACUGACGAGGAGCUGUCAGACAGCGGGGGGGAGGGCAUGUACCGGGAGAGAGACGAGUUUGUCGUCAGGAACGAGGAUAUCGAAAACUUGAAGGUGACAAUGAGAUCAGGCAGCGAGCCUCCAGCCAUCUGGAAAGUCCAGAAGGCUCUGCUGCAGAAAUUUGUGCCGGAGUUGAGGGAUGGAAAGAGAGUCUUCUCAGCCACCAACAGUUAUCUUGGGUACUUUGGUGACGCCAAAACGAUGUACCAGAGGGUGUAUGUGAAGUUCUUGGACACAGUCAACAAAAGGGAGUAUGUACGAGUUUGUAGUCGGAAGCCACGCUGCAAGCCUAUGAGCUCGCUAAGGGGUGUUCAGGUAAAAACUUUGCUGGGCUUGACAGCUGCCCCUCCCUCAGUCUCCCAAAGCCAAAAGCCUCGACCCAAACAACUGAAGCCCAGAGCAGAGCCCCCGCCUAAGAAGAGGAGGAAAUGGAAGGAGGCGUUUUCCCCGGCUGCCUCUGGAUCAUCUGCAGAUGAGGGUGGUGACGAUGAUGAGUUGAACCCUCCAGUGCCAUUUGCUUCACGGCUUCUCAACACGCGAACCAUGAAGGAGACAUUCAGGAGCUUCGUGGAACUGCUCAUCAGCAUUGCCUUAGACGAGGAUGUGAUGACUGCUCUUGAGAGGGCAAAUGAUGAGUUGCUGCUGCCACCUAUGAAAAGAGUGGAUGAGAUGAUCACUGACAACAGGAAGCGCCUGCUUCACAAGCUGCACAUAGGGCAGGUCCUAAAGACGGCCCUAGACGGCUUCCCAGAGAUCUCAGUCGUGACUGAACUGAAGAAGGACAGGGAAACCCCGGCCUUUAAAGUGCGUCUCAGCGGGAGGGCCUACAACAAGAAAAGCCUGAAGCCCUACAAGAUGCCCAACAAAGUGCCACAGGAGUAUACAGUGGACCAGCAGAAAACUCAGUGGUUCUCUCUGUACCACUCUCUGCAGCAUUACAAGUACCACACGUACCUCAUGUGUAAGGACGAGAUCGCGUCUCUGCAGGUGCAGACAGGACACUUGGGGCAGGAGGAGACUGUUCAGAGGUGUCUACAGAACGGAGCUUGGGUAGAGGGGCUCUUCGAUCGCUUCGGAGAGUUAAUAAAUCAAGUGCAGCAGGCCUGCCGAUGAUCCCACCUUCGCAAGCUCAACUUUAAACAACCAAGUCCAACACUUAAAAACAUGAGGAUGCCUUCAGUUCAAAAUGUCAGCAGAUAAGGGUGGGGUUGGUCUCUCCUUUCAACCACAGAGAGAUUUUUAUCAGGGACCUGUCUUCUGACUUUUAUAAAAGACGCUGGGAUUCCUGUGGCUUAAAGUGGCAGCAGGGGAACAGCCGGACAGCAGAGAAGUCAAAAGUCCGAUCCCAGCAGAAAGAAGAGACUUCAUCAACGCAGGACAAAGACUUCGGUAUUCGAAGUAUUUUUGGACGACUUCCACAUAAUGCUUCUUCCCCUAGUCUUUGUAGGUUUGUGUAGUCACAAGCCCACUUUUUAUGGGCCUUUUUCAUAGAUUUAUGAUGAGUUUUUAAAUGUUUAAUUUUGUAGUUAAAUGCCAGAUUAUAACCAGUGAGUACUCACCAGAUAGAAAGCAAUCGGCAUAGGAAGUAGAGCACAGCAAAUAAAAUGCAGAAAUCCAAUUGCCUACAGUUAUAAUAAGCCUUCGUCAAUCAUUGAUAAGGAGGCUCGCAUAAUGAGAAGUUGAUUUAUUGUAAAAAAAAAAAAGGAAAAAAAAUCUAUAUAUAUUAUGCAUAACCGUAGUUAUAUACCGUUUGUAAAAUGUCCAUUUUGUAAUGGAGCGCCAACUUAUAUAUAAUGUACAUUUUGUAUAAAAGGAAAGGGGUGUGGGAACUGCAGCGAUUCACUUAAGGAGGGAUUUCUGUUCUGUAUCUAUAGUGAGGAUUAACGUUUAUGCUUCAAACACCCAUUUGCUUUUAAGAUGCAAGUCAGUGCUCCAGUACUGCUUUUUAAAUGUCUUAAUCAAAUACUAUGACGUUGACUUACCUGAGGGGAAAAUGAAACAAGUUGUCUUUAUACUCUUUUACAGACAUAGGCCACAUUUUAUGACAAAUAGAUAUAUAUUUUUCACAGAGGUAAAUAUUAUGUUCUCAUUACAAUUUCUAAGACACUUUUUAAUUGUUUUUUCACAAUUUUCUAAAAUUGACUUUUCAAGUUAAUUUUAUGCUAUCAGAAAUAAUCUUGUUCUUUACAGAUGCAGUUUGUAAAUAAAGUGCCGUAUGUAUUAAAUGA